GGGCCCACACCGUCGUCGUGUAUACCAAGCGGCUCAUGCAGACCAACACGCGGCGAGUCCCAGCGCUUCCACAGCAUUACCGCCGCCUCUUCCACAUGAGGCUUCAAUUCAAGGCGCCCAAUGCAACUCCCUUUUCUCUUGUCCCUGUCCUUUCCGCAACAGAGCUUGUGAGCUUGACCAGCGAGAGGCGAGUGGCUAGGACCUAGGCCUCCGAUCCAUGCAGGUCCCUGUGGGUUUCCUCGGCAAGCUCUGGAGCUUCGUUUCCUUCGUGCCCUUCUUCGUCCUCCUCCUGCUUCUGGGAUCCAUCAAAGCUGCCCUAGUCGGCCCGGUCACAGCUUCCAUCGUAUUCUUCGGGAGCUCUGCGGUUAUUAUUGGCCUCUGGCCUGCUCAUUUCAUCUGGACAUACUACUGCGUUCUUAAAACAGAAAGGAUCGGGCUGCAGUUGAAGAUUCUUACUGGACUACUGCUGCCAUUGCCACUGCUUCUCUUGCCAGUACUUGCUAGCAUCGGGAGUCUCCUGGGUGGUACUGGAUACGGAGUUUGCGUACCUCUCAUGGCGACCUUCGAGGCUGUUGGCGAGGGUGUCACUGACAAGCUGACCCAUUGUUUCACGGAUGGAACCGUAAGCGCGAUGGCUGGAGCUUGCACGGUUGUCCGUGAUGUCACCGAUUUCUGCUUCCACUCGUACUUCUCUUUCAUGGAUGAUCUUAUUGACAAAAUGGGGGACAAUGAAGAAGCCCCUCUCGACAUCAAGUUGUCUUAUCUACCACGGAGCAUGGUCGUUGCCUUAAUCGCCGUUCCAGUGGAUGUGCUGCUGAUAAGCGCAGUGGCUUUGUGGAAAAGCCCCUGCAUGUUGUUCAAAGGAUGGCAGAGGUUAUGUGAGGAUCUAGUUGGAAGGGAAGGGCCGUUCUUAGAAACUGUCUGCGUGCCUUUUGCUGGUUUGGCCAUUGUGUUAUGGCCACUUGCGGUGAUUGGGGGGUUACUUGCUUCAUUUUUCAGCAGCUUCUUCUUCGGUUUUCGCGCGGGACUGGUUGCUUAUCAGGAGGCUUCUUUCCAAAUGGGACUUGCAUACAUGAUUUCAGCAGUAGCAAUUUUCGAUGAAUACACCAAUGACUUGCUUUACCUAAGAGAAGGAUCAUGCCUUCCAAGGCCCAAGUAUCGGAGAGCAGAUAUCAUGAGGGAGUGUGAAACUGAGCCUGCAGAGAGGCAACAAACUGGCCAUCACAAGCAUAGAAGGACGUUACCUCGAUCAAAGACGUUCAUGCAAACCGUCCAGCGACUACGACCGAUUCAAAUAUGGGAUUGGUUCUUCCGGUCCUGUGAGCUCAAUGGAAGGAUACUACUGAGCGAGGGCCUGAUUACUGCCCAAGACAUGGAGCAAUACAUCACCAAUGGAAAAUGCAAGAAGCUGGACACUAAAUUACCCUGCUGGUGUAUCUUCCAGUGCCUAUUACGAUCUGCGAACUCUGAUUCAGACGGUUUGGUCAUAUCUGAUCAUGUCCAAGUGACGACCCUCAACUGGCCCAAAGACAGAGUCCUUGACUGGCUGCUCGGACCACUCCUGCUCAUCAAGGAUCAAAUGAAGAAACUGGAGGUCACCGAAGACGAGGAGAUGUGCCUGAGGAAGCUGAUCAUGACAAGCAAGAACGAGAAGCCAUCUGACUGGGACGAUUCGGGUUUCCCGUCAGACGACAACAUAAAGAGAGGCCAGCUGCAGUCGAUAAUCAGAAGGUUGCAAGGGAUUGUGGCCUACAUGUCCCGAGUGCCGAGUUUCAGGAGGCGCUUCAUCAACCUGGUCAAGGCCAUGUAUCUAGAGGCCAUCGAAGCAGGGGCCAUCGACGGAUCGCGCAAAGUUAAGGCGGAUGUGGCUGACAGGUGUGCGGAAGAUAUUGCCGGUUCAUGUUCAUCAACCGACACGCCAGCGAACAUUCACAUGGUCUGAUGAUGUUUCACCAGCAUAGCAGAGCUCGACGAGCUGUGCUGAAUUCUGCUAUUUCUUCUGUAAAAAGAACUGUGCUGAAUUGUUGUGCUAAACUGUGCCAAGGCUGCAAACAAAUACAAUCGAGCGACCAUAUCUUCUCAUUA